AUGUGUUCGUCUAAUGAAAUGUUAUCAAAGAUAUGGGAAAAAUUCCCGGAAGACCUCUUUGAAGUUGUUGGGGAAAGAUUACCAAUUGUUACCGUCUUUCGUUUCCUUUCAGUUAGUAAAAAGUGGAACUCCAUGUUGACUUCACAUAGCUUUCGGGAACGAUAUGCUAAACUUCCCAUCACUCAACCUUGGUUCUACACUAUCACCGACAACAAUGUAAACACCGCAGCCAUGUACGAUCCCUCCUCGAACAAAUGGUACCGUUCAAAACUCCAUUCUUUCCGAAAGAAGCUGGUUAUUUUCCCUCUAGCUUCCAUUGGCGGUAUUGUUUUUUUGACGGAUAAUAAUUAUACGCGUUUCUUUGUGGGUAACCCACUUACUCAAACCCUCAAGGAACUUCCGGCUUGGUCAAACAUGGGAUGGCCUGGAGUAGUAGCUGGAAUGUGGAUGAAUGGAAAAUCCUUAGCCGAGGGCUACAAGAUACUCUGCUUCAGUUGCUAUGGUCAGUACAUAAUUUUUGACUCAAUUGAUAAUACGUGGUAUAAAUCGGGAGUCAUGCCGGUGAGCAUAACUUUGCCAUUGAUUUUGAACAUGCAUUCUCAAGCUAUCUUUGUCGACGGUUGUCUCUACUUUAUGUGUUCGAUUCCAGAAGUCCCGGAUCCUUAUACUUUUUUUGCUCACCGAUUUAUCGUUGAAUGUGGGGGACGAAUCAUGCUUGUUGGUUCAAAAGUGAAUGACAUAAAAUCGUGUGCUUCUGUUAGCAUUUGGGAGUUAGAAAAAAUAACUUCACAGUGGAAAGAGGUCGACAAAAUGCCAAGUGAGUGGUGCAUGGAAUUAUAUCGGAAGAACACUAACAUGAUGGGUGUAGGUAACAAAGACUUGAUCUGGAUAUGGUUUAGAUUCAAAAAACUGAACAUGUUGGUUACUUAUGAUGUUUCAAAGAAAGAAUGGUUGCAAGUUUCAAGGUCUACACUUCCCAGAGGAUUGGCGCAUCAAAGGAUUGGAUGUGGCAUUACAUUCUAUCCUUGCAUUACUACAACAAUUUAA